UAGAUAUAAUAUAAUAUAAUUACUUACCAUCACAAGAAUACAAAAAUGACGUUAUAGAUUAUUAAAACAAAUUCUAAUAAAUUAUACAAUUCCAAUUGUAAAGAAACAGUUUAUAUUGUAAUUGUAAAUGUAAUUGUAUGAUGUAUUCAGAAAAUACAAAUGAUUCAUGUAAUCGGAUUUUUAGAAGUAGAUGGGAGGAUUAAUGAGGAGGAGAUAGACUUGAAGAGAAGGGGGUUUUCCUUUUCCUUUUCCUUUUUCUUUUCUUUUACACACAACUGGAGGAGAGAUUGAGCUGAUUGAUCCCUCUGCAUCUGUUGCAGAAACCAAGGAAGAAAUUAAAGGAUCUUUCUUAUCAGAUUGUUGUAAAACAAAAGAACAUCAUAUUCAUACCUAGUGAUUUCCAAGAUGCCUCCUCACAACGAAGUUGACCAAAUUGACUACAUGGCAGAAGAAGGUGACAUGUCGGAUUUUGCAGAUGAUGUUGAUGGAGAGGAAAACAAUGGUGAAGAUCGAAAUCUUGAAGAUUAUGAAAUGCUUACAAAGGUGACGGAUACGUCCUCUGCUCAAGCAAGAUCAGGUAAAGAUAUCCAGGGCAUUCCAUGGGAAAGAUUGAAUAUAACAAGAGAGAGUUACAGGCGUACAAGACUUGAACAAUACAGAAACUAUGAAAACAUUCCCUUAUCUGGUGAUGCUGUUGAUAAGAAAUGCAAACAGAAGUCCAAAGGUGGUAACUACUAUGAGUUCUUUCAUAAUACAAGAUCAGUGAAACCUACAAUCCUUCAUUUUCAGCUAAGGAACCUGGUAUGGGCUACCUCAAAGCAUGAUGUGUAUCUCAUGUCUAACUAUUCAAUCAUGCAUUGGUCAUCAUUAUCACAAAACUUGACUGAGAUUCUAAACUUUUCUGGACACGUGGCACCUACUGAGAAACAUGCGGGAAGUUUGUUGGAAGGUUUUACACAAACUCAAAUUAGUACACUUGCAGUGAAUAAUGAUUUCUUAGUGGCAGGAGGGUUUCAAGGAGAGCUUGCUUGUAAGAGAUUGGAUAAACAGGGAGUGAGUUUUUGUACAAGGACAACUUAUGAAGACAAUGCUAUAACAAAUGCUAUUGAGAUAUACGACACCUUGAGUGGUGGAAUGCAUUUUAUGGCAUCAAAUAAUGAUUGUGGUGUGAGAGAAUAUGACAUGGAGGGAUUUCAGCUUGUGAAUCACUUCCGCUUUCCUUGGCCAGUCAAUCAUACAUCUUUAAGUCCAGAUCGGAAGCUGAUAACAGUAGUUGGAGAUAAUCUUGAUGGAUUACUAGUAGACUCCAUGAACGGAAAGACGGUUGCCACGGUGGAAGGCCACCUGGACUACUCAUUUGCGUCCGCAUGGCACCCGAAUGGAAGAAUAUUUGCAACAGGAAACCAAGACAAAACAUGCAGGGUGUGGGACCUACGAAACCUGUCAAGUCCGGUUUCGGUUCUGAAGGGGAACAUGGGGGCAGUUCGGUCAGUGAGGUUCUCAUCAAACGGGCAGUUUUUGGUGGUGGCUGAGCCGGCGGAUUUUGUGCAUGUUUAUAACACGGAAUUAAACUAUGAAAAAAGGCAAGAGAUUGACUUUUUUGGGGAGAUUUCUGGGGUUUCUUUGAGUCCUGAUGAUGAGACACUUUAUAUUGGAGUAUGGGAUAGGACUUAUGCAAGCUUGUUGCAGUUCAACAAAAGGCAUAACUAUGGCUAUCUUGAUUCCUUCAUGUAGUAGAAUGGAAGAAGAAUAAUUUAAUUGUCUUGAAUUUAAAUAACUUGUUUUUGUUUUUGUUUCAUGAAAGAGAGAAAGAGAGAGAGACUUAAGAACUUUGUAUUGUUGUCUAAAAUGUGGUGGGUAGAGAAGAAAAUGUAUAGUUAAAAAAAAAGUAUGUCGAGUUGAGAAAUGUUUGUUUGUUGUUAAGUAUGUGUUAAAAUGUGGUGUUGUUGCUUGUUAAAUGUUUGUUGUUAAGUAUGUGUGUGUGUGUGUUUUUUUCUUUGAAUUAGAAAAAAGUUGAAGUAUAAAUGAGUGUGUAAUGUGUAUGUAUUACUUUCUUUGGGAUCAUGAAUGUGAUGUGCUCAUAGCUAGAUUCAUGACAAAAGACAAAAGUAUGUUUUUUGUGUUUUAAC